AUGGAUAAAUUGUAUAAUUCUUUGGCUCCAAAAUUUAAAGGGAUAGCAAACUCUUACAAAAACCUGGCCUCUAAUACCAAAUAAAUUGCUUAAAAUACUAUAGAUAAAUUAAACAAAUAAGCAAUUUAAGGAGACAUAGUAGCAAUAAGCAAUAGAUUAUAUUGGAUGGAAUAUCCAUCUAAUGAUAAAAUAGAGAAAUUAUCGAGUUAUUUAAACACUAAUCAUCAGAAUCAUUACUAUAUUUGGAAUGUUGGAGAAAGAGAGUUUACAACAGAAUGGUUUUGCAAUUAAGUAGAGUGAAAAAGUAAGUAGGUUGCCAAUCAUUCACAUCCAGGAUAUCCAUGUCCACCAUUGAUCGAGCUAUUGAUGAUUUGCAAAAACAUAAUCUAUUUUCUUAGUAGUGAUAGAAACAAUAUAGCAAUUGUGUGUUGCCAAGAAACAAGGGGUAGAAGUAUCAUGGUAAUAUCAUCAUUGUUAGCUAUUAUGGGUGCUGGUUAUGUAAAUUUAAUAAAUUAUAAAAUCUUAGCCAGGAGAAUGUUUAUUAAGAGUAUGUGAAAAAACAAACACAAAAGAUUUUUAAGCUUUAUUUCCAUCUUAGCAUUAAUAUAUUACUUAUGUUGGAAAUGUGUUAAAUGGUCUUAAAUUAAAUAGUUCUUGUUUAAGAUUAAUAUCUAUUGUAAUAUCUGGUAUACCUAAAGUCCAAAAUUGUACUAUGUUUAGACCAUAUAUUCAAUUAUUCAAGAAUGAUAAACCUAUAUUCAAUUCAUUGACUGAUGGAGAACUAAAAAAUUAUUAAUAAGGUGAUUUAAGUUGUAUAUUUGAUCUAAAAGGAAUUGAAGUAAUAACAUAUUAAUUUUUGUUAGCUUUCAGAUGAUAUUUUAGUUAGAUGCAAACACUUUGAAAAUAAUAAAACAAGAGUAGCUUUAUUUAGAGUUAUGUUUAAUUGUUCAUUUUUAUUUGAUAAUGUUCUUAGAGUAUGGGAUAGAGAAUUAGAUAAAAGUCCAUAAAUAAAAACUGAAAAAGAUUUUUUUGUUGAUUUUAUUUUUGAAAGAGGAAAUUAAAAAUCAUUCUAAACUGCUGAUAGACCAUAAACUUUUAGUAAUGAAACUAAGUCUUCAAAUUAAUUAUUAUUAUAAAUUGUAUAAGAAUGUAAAGGAUUAGUAGUAAAAGAGAAGCAUAUUAUAGAUGGAUUAGAAGUACAUUAAUAAUAAUAAAAAACAAAAGAAGAAGUAUUUAGUUUAGGAAAUGAAAUAGAAAAAAAAGAUUAUGAUGAUUCAGAUGAAAAGAUACCAUAAUAAAAAUAAUAAUAAUCAAAUAAUAAGAGUAUAUAAAAUGAGAUUUAACCAUAAUAAUUAUUUGCAGAAUAAGUUAAAAAUACAUAAUUAGAAUAGUAAUCAUCACCAAAAUAAUAAGUAUAAUAAGAAUAAAAAGAAAUCAUUAAUAAAUAAUAAAUUAUAUAAAAAGAUAAUGUAUCUGAUGAAAGUGAAGAUGAUGAUGAAUAAUUAGUUGCUAAAUUUGAAUAAAAGAUACAAACAAAAACAGGAGAUAGUGAUGAAGAUUGUGAUGAUUUCUUGGAUAAUUUAAUUAAAUAAGGAGAUAAAUAAGAAUGA